AUGUCAGAAUAUAAAUUAUGUGUGUUUGGAUCGGGUGGUGUUGGUAAAUCAUGUCUAACUAUGCAAUUUGUUCAAGGUAUUUUUAUGCCAAAAUAUGAUCCUACUAUAGAAGAUGUUUAUAAAAAAGUUGUGGAAAUCGAUGGAAGACAAUAUUCAUUAGAAAUUCUUGAUACUGCUGGAACAGAAGAUUUUUCAGCCAUGAGAGAUUUAUACGUGAAAAAUAGUCAUGGAUUUGUUCUUGUUUAUUCAAUAACAUCUAGAGCAACAUUUAAUGAUUUAGAUGAAUUUUAUAAUCGAAUAAUAAAUAUAAAAGAUGCCGAACUCCAUGGUCAACCACCAUUAGUGCUUGUUGGAAAUAAAAGUGACUUAGAAGGUGAACGUAAUGUUGCACCUAAAGAUGGACAAGAAUUAGCAAGACGUUGGAAAUGUACUUUUCUUGAAACAUCAGCUAAAAAUCAACUAAAUGUUAAUGAAAUCUUUUUUGAUCUUGUCCGACAAAUAAAUCGAGGAAAAAAUAAACAAUCUGCUCGUCAAAGAGAAGUCAUAGGGACAAAUAUGGAAGGUCCAAGUAGACAAUUACAAGGUAGACCAACACAAGGUAGACCAACACAAGGUAGACCACCACCACAAAUUAAUGCUACUUAUUCAACAAGAUCAACACAAUCAAAAAAAGAAAAUCGAGGUCAUAAAGGCAAAUGUAUUUUACUUUGA